CAGUCCCUAGAUUGAGGCGUGUGGAGGGCGAGGCCGCGCCCCGGUGGGUGCAAGGGAAGACUAAGAAGGUCAGCAGCGAGCCAAAGUGCCCCUCAGCGGCAGCCUGUCGCCGUCAUGGCUCGGGACGUGAAGAGUAAGCUGUCCAAGAAUCUGCUGCGCAUGAAGGUAAGAGCACGCUGUGGAGAUUAUAUGAACGGGCGCCGAAGGAAACCGAGCCGAAUGGCUUCGGGAAGGGGCGGGGCCAAUUCGUUCCUUUCCGAAAAGCUUCGGGUGACAAGCCGAAGAGAGUCGAGCGGCUGCUUUACGGACGACAGGAAGCCGAGCGGCUUCGGGAACAGGCGAGGGUGAGACAGGUCGGAUCGAAUCUCCGGGGAAAAGGUCAGCCGAACGGCUUCGUGUUUGGAACGGGGCGGGGAAAGGGAAGCCGAGCGCAGCCGAAUGGAUUCUUAGGCAACGCGAGAGGAGUCGAGGGGCUUCGGGUGGAGCCGGAGAAGGAGACCCCCCCCCUCCAUCUGCGCGCUGUAGCUUGGAAAAGAGAGGUGCCGGGGUUCAAGCAUGAUCACCAGUACCUGCCUCAGUAUAAUUAUCCUAGGACACCAUGUUCCUUCUGGUAGGGCAAGCAUUUGGAAAUGCUCUCUGCCCAUGCUCAGAGGCAGAGUUACCCCCCCCCCCAUGUUUUCUAGCCUCCAGGGACUAAAAUAAAUUGGAACCUGGGGCUGAACCGCAACACAAAUUAGGUCAUGCUUAAAUUAAAGUGCCUAACCUAAGUUAAGGUGCAUGGAGGUUUGAUCUGCCUUCACAGACCUGUUUUGCAAGGUGUUCUUACAAAUUUUAGAUUUUGGGGUAUGCGUUUGACUGGUUUUCAGUGGGAAGCAUGUACCAAGUUUUUUUCAGUGCUCAAAGGAAAGUAUGUACUGUGUUCUUAGAAAGUCUUCCUUCUCAAGUGGCAGAAUUCACACAAUUAUAUUGUUGUUGUUUCAAUUACGGUUUAUUACCCACCCUUCACCCCAAGGUAUUAGGUUAUAACACAAUAUUACAGGUGAAACUCGGAAAAUUAGAAUAUCGUGGAAAAGUUCAUUUAUUUCAGUAAUUCAACUUAAAAGGUGAAACUGCUAAGGUGUUAUGGAAGACCAGGAAGCUUCAAUAGCAGCCUCCAGCUCUUCUGCAUUGCUUGGUCUCAUGUCUUUCAUCUGUCUCUUGGCAAUGCCCCAUAGAUUCUCUAUGGGGUUCAGGUCAGGCAAGUUUGCUGGCCAAUCAAGCACAGUAAUCCCAUGGGCACUGAACCAGGUUUUGGUACUUUUGGCAGUGUGGGCAGGUGCUAAAGUCCUGCUGGAAAAUGAAGUCAGCAUCCCCAUAAAGCUCGUCUGCGGAAGGAAGCAUGAAGUGCUCCAAAAUCUCCUGGUAGAUGGCUACAUUGACACUGGACUUAAUGAAGCACAGUGGACCAACACCAGCUGAUGACAUGGCUCCCCAAAUCAACACAGACUGUGGAAACUUCACACUGGACUUCAAGCAUCUGGCAUUGUGUGCCUCCCCAUUCUUCCUCCAGACUCUGGGUCCUUGGUUUCCAAAUGAGAUGCAAAAGCUGCUCUCAUCAGAAAAGAGAUUUGCAGUGCCACAGGCUGAUAGCAACCAUGCCAUGCCGCAUUGAGGCAGUAAUUGAUGCAAAAGGGGCCCAAACGAAGUACUGAGUACAUAUGCAUGCUUCUACUUCUCAGAGGUCCAAUAUUGCUCUAUUUGCAAUCCUUGUUUUGCUGAUUUCAUUUAAUAUUCUAAUUUUCUGAGAUUGUUAGUUUGGGGUUUCAUCAGCUGUAUGCCAUGAUCAUCACAAUUAUAACAAAUAAAGGCUUGACAUAUCUCGCUUUGCAUGUCAUGAGUCGAUCUCAUAUUAGUUUCACCUUUUAAGCUGAAUUACUGAAAUAAAGGAACUUUUCCACGAUAUUCUAAUUUUCCGAGUUUCACCUGUAGGUAUGCAUGAAGAUUUCUGGACACCCACAGAACAGAUGGUUGGUAUGGAGUGGCUGAUAAAAGUUUUAGGGACUAGGUGUGGAGUUCAGAAAGUCUGAAAUGCAGUGGCUCAAAAUUAAAGUGAAAAUGCAACAUUUAUCCUUGAUGUUACCAAUGCAAGCUCCAUUUCAGUAUAAAUGUUUUAUCAGAGCCAAACUGAUAAUAUCAGAAUCCAUGGUGGUUCCAGUUCUGUGACUUUUGUUUGAUUUUUUCCAUUCAGCAGUAACUUCACAUACACAGUGGCCUUAUCCCCUGCCUCCUACUAGUUACACCACAGCUUGGAAUAUAUUGGUGAACCUUAUCCUAAGACCAGGGUUCAAAUCUAAGCUUGGCCAUAGUGCUUACUAGGUGACCUUGGGCCAGUCACUGUCUCUCAGCCCAACCUCCCUCCCUUGUGAGGAUAGAAGGGGAAGGAGGAGGGCAAUGUGUCCCAUUGAAAUUCUUGGAGGAAACAUAGGAUGUAAAUGUAAUGUCACAGAUUUUGGACUGUGCUUGUGCUCACUGAGAGUAAGAAUGAAUGCCACCAGAGCUUUUGAACUAAGCUGAAGUAUACAGGAUUGUAGGGGAAAGCAUCAGAACUUAGGGAUAUAGGAAACUGCACAUGCUACAUCAAAAUAUCUGCCCAUCUGUCCAUUCUAUUGACUAGGGAACAGCUUAUGGUCUUAAUCAGGGGUUGGCAAGGUUUACCGUGCCUGGGCCAGCUCACUCCUUUGGAGAUUGCUCCAUGGGUCAGAUGCGCAUGCGCAGACGUGAUUUCCGGCACCGUGGAAGUGAGUCCCUGCUCUGUGCUGUGCCACUGAGCAGGCAGCUCAGUUCGGGGAUGGCUCGGGGGGCAUUUAAACGACCCCCGUGGGCCGCUUGUGGCUCAUGGGCUGCAGGUUGCUUUUAAAGUGGAGAUGUCAGGGGUCAAACAUGUUUGCACGCAUAAAGCUGUAUGCAGCAUAGGGCUGUAUGCACACUAACAAAUCUAUUUAUUCGAUUUAUGAAUUGUCUUGUUCAAGGUGUUGGAAGGUGAUGUACAAUAUAAAACAGCACAUAACAGACAGAAAGAAAAAUAUAAAAUCCAAAGAUAAAACAAGUAAAGUAAUCCAAUCUGGGAAAGCGAUCAAGAUAUAUACCCCGAUCUACAAAAUAUAUCCUCCCAUGACUUCACCACAGUAUAGUCUAUUCCAAAGACCUGUAACGUCAGCACUCAAAAUUCCUAGAGGGGGCGGGGGGAGAGCUUUUGCAUGCCCCCAAAAUGCACAUUCAAUGCAGAUUUAAAGCAGAUGGCUUCUCCCAAAGAAUCCUGGGGAUUGUUGUUUCCCCCUCACAGAGCUACAAUUCCCAGCAUUCUGAACAAACUGCAGUUCCCAGAAUUCCAUGUGGGAUGUGGGGGAAGUCGUGAGCUUUAAAUGUAUGGUGUGAAUCUGCCCUCAGUUUUAUUGGAUUGGUAAUGCUGUAACUGUGUUAAUAUUACUCAUAAUUCCCUCCCACAACUCCUCAGUGUAACUGCGCGGCAGGUUGGGGGCGGGGGAGAGAGAGAGAUGAAUAAAGCCCUGACCUAGCGAUCGCCCUUGGAUUUGCGGAUCCAGUGUCAAGCCCUUAGUGGAAUUAGUCUCGGUUCAGCGGCUAAUGGGCUCCGUCGCUGUUCGAUAAUGUAGCACACAACUCAGUGGAAGAAGAACACGGCAGUGUGAUUGAUGAUCGCUCCGCUUCCAGGGAACAACAUCUUGAGUUUAAUUGCCAUUAAUUUUUAAAAAUAUAAAUAUUCAUUAAGUAUUUAUAACUCAAUAUUGCCAGGCCUUCAUGGUUUGUUUGCUUCAGUUUUGUGGUUGUGCCGUUCCUGUUUUAUCUUCAUCUUUGAGAUUAAAAUUACCUUCACCUCAUGUAACAAGCAAGGCGAUAUUUUUUAUUAUUAUUUUUAAACAAGAAAGGGGGGGGGAAGAAAAUAUUUUUAGUCUGCCACAGUUUACAUUGUACCAGGGGUAGCCCUACAUCAGAAGGCAAUUAAAAAAAGGUUAUCUGGAAAUGACUGUGGGUGCAGUGCGAUGAUCGUCCUGUUUAUUCAGAAUUAAGCCUUGCUUUUGGUGGUGCGUGCUCAGGACAGAGCCCUAAUCUCCAAUCCUGUUUACUUGGAAGUGAAUUUUACUGUGUCAGAUCAUUGGAGCUUCUGACCAACCAUGGCUAAGAUCAGUCAGGAACACUUCCACAGGCCAUGUGCUCCAGAGUAAUACCAUUAACAUGAGUUGUGUUCAUUUGAGGGUGUUACGGUAAAAUCUGGGUGCGGGGCUACUCUGCCACCCAGCUCGUCGGACUAAGUCCGCGGGUCCCUGCGGAAGAAAAUGAGCUCAGCCGGAGACAGGAGCAAGUUCCAGGAGAUCCGAGUUUAUUGCGCAACAGGUUCAAGGCGAGAUUGAACAGCGAGAAAGGGGUGACAUGAACUUUUGAAAUUCCCUCCAUGUCCCAGAAUACAGUGCAAAAUACAUCCCAGUUACAUCAUGAAUACAUUAAGAAGAGGUUGGGUUACACAGAUUACAUCACGAAUACAUUAGGAAGAGGUUGGGUUACACCGGAUUAACAUAUGGAGGAGGGAGGGGGGAAUAUGCAGAGCUGGAGAUAUGCGCAGAUAAGCACAUCCUGAGAAGACAAUGGUCCAUGUAUGCAUAGUCUGUCACCUGGCAUCGCCCGGAGGAAGGGCUUGGCAGAGCGAUUUGACAGGAUUAGGGUCUUGACACCUUGCUUGAGGGAUUAUGGAGGGCAGGGGAGGUGUCAUGGAGUCCUAGAGAAAUUGAGCAAAUUGGCAAGUUGAUUUUCUAUGAAUUUUAUAGAUUUUAGUCCCUUUUGACAUUGGCAAUUGGAAAUAAAUGGAUAUAUUGUAGCGAAGAAGGUGAAGAAGAAGACAUGCCCCCCCCCUUCCGUAUCAAGGGAGAUCAGCUUCAUUUUGUAGUUCGGUUAGCAACAAAUACAAAGAGACUUCCUAACUACAAUGACAGUGGUGGGUAAGAGAGUGAAAAUUCAUGUCGAAAAACUCACCAUGCCGAUAACUCUGGACUCAUGCUGUCCAGGGUGGAAGGUGGGGAGAGACAUCUUUUAAAACAUCUCCUCCACCACCACUUCUGACUGUCUUUCAAAAUUUUCGCUUCCUUUGUUCCUUGCUUUUGACAACACAGAGGCUGACUGUAACACAGUUCUGUCUCAUGACUUACAUGUACUUGGUUAGGUAGAGCAAAAAAACAGAAAGCAGGACCUGAGCGCAAGAGCACCCCCUCCGUGGCUUCCAGGAACUGGGAUCCAGUUAUGCCUGGGAAAUAACCCUCUCUGAAACCCCGGGAGAUCUGCUGCCAGUCAGUGCUGGAAGGACCAAUGGUCUGACCUUCUUUAAAACAGCUUCCUUUGUUCAUCUGCAGCUCUCAAAAUGCAAAGCCUAUCUUCAGGUGGUUCGUUUGCUGUUUACUAUUAUAGUUUACUGCCUGUUACAGUCAUUUAGCUGCCGCAUCCUGCUUCAGAAACUAUAGGGCACUCUGUUUCAGGGCCAUUAGCAAAUGUAGCAUGUGGAAGGUGUCAAAUGAUCCAUUUGCAGUCUGUACAUGGUGGAGGGCUGUGCUGUUAGGCAGGGAUGCUGGAACUGUGAAACUGUUCUUCUUAGGGAAUGAGAAGUACCCAAGUACAGCGGUACCUCAGUUUACGAACUUAAUCCAUUCCGGAAGUUGGUUCUUUAACUGAAACCGUCCUUAAACAGAGGCGCACUUUCCCUAAUGAGGCCUCCUGCCGCCAGUGCCCUUCCACCGUUCGGAUUCCGUUCUUAGACCGAGGUAAAGUUCGCAAACCGGGACACUACUUCCGGUUUUGCGGAGUUUGUAAACCAAAUUGUCCGUAAACAGGACUGUUUUUAAACUGAGGUACCACUGUAUGUCCCUGAUUUAACUGUAAAAUAUUAGAGAUGCUGAACUAGUUACACGGUUCAUUGGAUUCAACCCCAUGUUGUCUGAAAACAAAUUGCUGUGAAUGCAUGUAUUUAUUUCUUUAUUUUAACUGCUAGUGCUGGGCCAUAAUUAUUAACAAAGCCCAGCGGUUUCUUAUCUAUGAGCAAGAAGCCUGCCCUGUUUGCUAGCUGGAAGGUCUCUGCUUUUCUGCAGCCACAUCAAAGUGGAAAGUGGCCUUUUUCCCUGCUAGUGCUCCCCAGGAAACCGUUUUAAACAACAUCAGCAAGUCGACUUCUGCUGGAGGCUCUAUCCUGUUGUCUUCCCAAAUCCCUCGCUGCAAAGCUUGCUGAGAGUCAAGUGAGCCUUUAGGUCCCCAAUGCACACAAACUCUAAAGCUUUGAAGAAACAAAGAGAGACUCUAAAAAGGCAAAUAGAACUGCACACAACUUCUGCAAGCACAGCUGAAUCUUGGUUGCAGACCUUUCGGGACCAGAGAUGGUUCAUAACUGUGUAAAGUUCAUAACUUUCAUGAAUUCCCUCGCCACACACCAGCCCUUUCCAUCUCCCCUCUUUAGAUCCAGCGUAGCCUCUCUGACUCAAGAAAUGAUUCCUGAUACCAGUCACACCAUUGGCUAGCAGGACAGGGAUUAGAUAUUUUUAUGGGUUUAGUUGGGACAUAGAAAAAUCACAAGUCUUUCACUGCCUAAGUAGGUGGUUUUUUUAAAAAAAAUCUACUCUCCAGGAACUCUGUCCACAUUGACUUUUCUACUGAGGGCCACCUGCUUGCUCAGGGAUGGGUGAAGAAUCCUGAGGCCCUCGUGAUGUUGAUGGACUUCAGGUCCCAUCAUCCUUGACAAUGGGCUGUGUUAUCUGGGGCCACUGGUAUGCCUACCCUUAUUGUAGAAGAUAUUGGGUUAUGUUCCAGGAACAUAAACAAAACAUGACAAGGCAAACUAGAUCCUCCAAGCCUGAAGUCUGCCCACAACUGGUAUAAACAUUACUCAGCUAAAUGGUCAAUGUUCUGACUUGGCAAAACACAGCUUCCAAUGUUCCAAAGUCCGAGUAUCAAGAAUUUUCAAGUUCCAGUUCAAUGAGUUGCAUCCAGGGCUAGUCCAACUCGAAGUAGACCCAUAGAAAUCAAGAGGCGUGAUUGGGUUAGGACCAUAAUUUCAGUGGGCCUGCCCUGAGUAAAACUUAGUUGGAUAUAGCCCAAUAUGUUUUUGUACAGGUUUCAGCAUAACAGUGUGUUGUUUUACCCCAACUGGUAUGCAAAUGAAAUGCAAAUUAGCAGUGGCCUUUGGCUUGUUUCUGGCAUACCCCUCAGCACUGAUUCCUCUCCCGCUCUUCCUUUCCCACACAUCCUGCUGGCUAUGGAGCUACAUCACAUAUCAGCAAGGGAUUUUAGUGUGUCUCUCACCCUUAGUUCCUUCUUCACAGCUUGAUAUAUUUACCCCCAGGACACGGUACUUCGGCCCUGGAAGCCCAAACAAAUGCUCAUUUACAGAGUUUUAAUUGCCUUGCAGCUGCUGAAACUGGUUAGGUAUUUUUAUCUGUAGCUCUUUGGUGUCUAAUCUCUUGUUUUAUACAUAAAUAUAAUGAUAGUUAACUGGGUACUUAUAGGGGAAAUUUGCCCAUUGAGAUUUACGAUUGAAUGAGUAACCAGUUCCCUUCAUUUACUUGUGAUCCUCUUUUCCUCUUCCCCUCUUUUUUACCAGUUCUGAGAAGUGGUGGAGGGUGUUCCAUUUGGGUGAACAAGGCAGUGUCCCACCAACCUCACUGGCCUCACCAGGCCUCAUCUACCUGCCUGCAGCCACCUUCUCCUUAGUCUCAGUGCUGGCCUUGUACAACUCAGCAGGAGUUACAGUGGUACCUCGGGUUACAUACGCUUCAGGUUACAUACGCUUCAGGUUACAGACUCUGCUAACCCAGAAAUAGUGCUUCAGGUUAAGAACUUUGCUUCAGGAUGAGAACAGAAAUUGUGCUCCAGUGGCAGCGGGAGACCCCAUUAGCCAAAGUGGUGCUUCGGGUUAAGAACAGUUUCAGGUUAAGAACGGACCUCCGGAAGGAAUUAAGUACUUAACCCGAGGUACCACUGUAUAUACAGUGGUGCCCCGCAAGACGAAUGCCUCGCAAGACGGAAAACCCGCUAGACGAAAGGGUUUUCCGUUUUGGAGGUGCUUCGCAAAACGAAUUUCCUAUGUGCUUGCUUCGCAAGACGAAAAUGUCUUGCGAGUUCCUGCGGGGUUUUUUCCUUUCCCCCCUUUUCCCCAAGCCGCUAAACCGCUUAUAAGCUGAUGGCUAAGCCCCGUAUCAGCUGGUCUUUAGGCCGCGUAACAGCUGGUGCGAAGCCGCUUAUCAGCUGAGAGUUAAGCCGCGUAACAGCUGAUGCUAGGCCGCUAUCAGCUGAUCGUUAGCCGCUUAUCAGCUGAUCUUAAAGCCGCUUAUCAGCUGAUCUUUAAGCCGGCUAAGCCGCUAAUACUGUAGCGCUAAGCCGCUAAACCUCUAAUGGGCUUGCUUCGCAAGACGAAAAAACCCGCAAGACGAAGAUACUCGCGGAACGGAUUCUUUUCGUCUUGCGAGGCACCACUGUAUAAAGUUAUACAUAAAGUCUGCAGAACAAGCUCCACAGUAUGCCACAUUGACUGCAGAAUUUAGCUUUUGCACAGUGCUGUGAGGACCUUUCUAGUCCUCUUGAAGCACAAGUAUUUUCCUCCUCCUCCGUUUCCAUGCUUGGUCUAUUAAAAUAGUUAACAGAGACUUCAAUUGCCCUCAUUCAGUAUCUUAGCAAUACUUCCCAAAGAUGAAAGCUGUUCAUGCAUACUUAAAAACAGUUGCUUGGGGCAUUUGGAAGUCUUUCUGAACCCCAGUGCAUCAAUAAUGCUUUCCCUGCAUUUCUGAAAUGAAUUUUUGCACCGCUGAGAAAAGCUGCCAACAAUUUUUUAAACAAAAAUAUAUAUGAAAACACAGCAUGGUGCAAGAGAUGGUACCAGCUAAUAAAAACCCACGAUUUCUGACCCUGCUCUUUGGAAAUGCUAAAAUACUUUCCAGUGUUCAGCAGUAUAUGUGCAUUCAGAAUAUUUAGUUCUCAUUGGCCUCUCUGGGGAAAGAGAGGGGCAGAUUGCCCUCUUAAUUUACUUUUCCAGAAUAUUUUUUCUCCAUCUGUAAAACUCAACAGUUUCCCCAGAUAGGCUGAUACUUCCUGCUUUCUAAAUAACCAUUUUACAUAGGAAGCUGCGUUAUAUGAGUCAGACAAUCUGGCUCAAUAUUGUGUGCACUGACUGACUGUCUCUCUCCAGGUUUUUAGACAGAGGACUUUUCUUGCUAUACCUGGAAAUUGAACCUGGAACUUUCUGCAUACAAAGGGUAUGCUCUGUUUCUGAGCUGUGGCUCCUUUAGCCAUCACAGCUUAGCACCUGAGUUCAAGUAUUGGUAUAUUUGAGAAAGAUAAUAAAUUCCUUGAUCCUUCAACCUCACUUUGUCAAAAAGCAUUACUUUUCUCUCUGCACCUGGAUUAUAUAUGCAAAACCCACACAGGGGUUUCCACAAAUGCUUAUGCCCCAGUAAAUUCUUCAUUUGCUACUAGCCAUCCCUCCAGAAAUUGCAUUUUGGAGAUAUUUCAUGUAUCAAACAAUCGGCACUCUCUGCCCAUGGAGGAGACUUUUUUUUAAUGCGUCUUGUCUUUCAGUUCAUGCAAAGGGGCUUGGAUUCAGAAACCAAAAAGCAGCUUGAAGAGGAGGAAAAGAAAAUAAUCAGCAAAGAACAUUGGUUCCUGGAUCUGCCCGAGCUAAAGGAAAAGGAGUAAGUUUGUCCCCCCACACCUUCCAUGAAUGAGGAGCAAAACCAGAAAUGCUUUCUAAAACAUUAUAGCAUCUUGGGACAUAGGAAGCUGCAGUAUAUUGAGUCAGACUGUUGGUCCCUCUAGCUCAGUAUCAUCUACACAGACUGUCUGCUGCUGCCCAGGGUUUCAGAUGUGAGUCUUCCCCAUCUCGAAUCCUAACAUCGGCAGGUGAGGCCUUGGUGGUGCCACUGCUGGAGGAUGCCAAGUUGGCAUUAACCCACGAGCUUCCUUUUCAGUAGCAGUGCCCCAUUUGUGUCUCUCUCGCUCAUUAUUGAUGUUUGAGAGGCAUUUAAAAACAUUCCUGUUUACCCAGGCAUUUGAUGGCUGAAAGGCACAGUUCCUUGAAACCCUGGAAUCUGGCUGAGAGAAUGUUUUUAAUUGCUUUUAGAAUGUUUUGUAGCUGUUUUUAGAAUGCCUUAAAAACAUACCAUUAUUUAUGUGUUUGCCACCCAGGGGUUCUUAUGUUGACAAGGCAGUGUAUAAACCAAAUGAGUGAGUGCCUGGAAAUUCCAGAGAUUGAACUCAAGACCUUCUGGAUGCAAAGCAAAGGCUCUGCCACUGAGCUAUGGCUUUUCCUUUGUCAGUCUUUAUCUCCUGGCAGUCCUCCUACGACAAUGCUAAGGUAACCUUGCUUGUUUGACGCUCUCUAAGACUUCUACUGUAUUAUUAUUUAUUUACAGGAGCUUUAUUAUAGAAGAAAGAAGCUUUGUGCCGUGUGAAGACCUCCUGUAUGGCAGAAUGUCAUUUAAAGGUUUCAACCCUGAAGUGGAGGUAUUGUCAAGGGCACUCCUUUAUCCUUUCCACGUCUGCUGUAACAUGGUUGAAAGAGUGAGCCAGGAAGCAUUAAUGUUUCUUUUUUUCCAAAGCACAGAAAGUUUAACUUGCAGAUUCCACCUCUGCCACGAUUAGCUACAGGUCCUCUCAUCCAUAACCCCAUCCCCUACCAUAAAUACGGGGGGUGAUUAUACUUACAGGGCUUGUUUAUUUAGUUAUUUAAAGGACUGGGAUUUUUGCUUUGCUCUUCGGCCAGAAAAGCUAUUAGAGUGGUUUACAGUUAAAUAGAUAGAAAGGAAAGAAGGAGAAGAAAACUGUCCCCAGGCUUACAAAGACAGAAAAGGAAAAAGGCAUGGGGCGGGAAGAGGAAAAGAAAGCAAGGAAGCUCAGGCACAUUUCUUAAAGUUGCUGAAUUCUCUCAUCAACAUAAUGGGAUGAAAACUGCUUAAAGUGAGGUGGGGCCAAAGGAAGCAGAUCUCUUGGUAGAGUCAAUGAAGUGGAUCGUUCUUCCUAUCUCUCCCUUGGCUGCAGCCUGAUGGAUUGGCUGCUGCUAAGUGGUAACUGAGGAUGAGCCAAAGGUAACUAGUCCAUACCAUUCACCAAUACAAAUAUAUAUAACGCUUUGUAUACUCUGAAGCACUGCAAAGGUACCUGUCAUUCUGGAUCAGAUGUGAUAACAAAUUGUAGCAGAAGAGACCACCACUACAGCCCUCUCUCCCCAGCUGCCUCUCAUCUCUGAAGGUGGGAUUACCUGGAGAAAGACUUAUGAUCAGAGGACGCUACUGCUCAGGCAGUCUCUCUACUACACUAAGAUGCAUUCCAAAGAGAUAGCCAUUUUAGUCUGCUUCGUCAAACACACACGAGAAAUAGUUUUGUGGCACCUAGAAGGAUCUAGCAGAUUUAUUGUGGCAUAGACUUUCAUGGACUGGAGUCUACUAGUUGGUUCUGGUCCAUGAAAUUGCAUGUUAAAAUAAAUCUGUCUAGGGUGCUGCAAGACUCUCUUGUUUGGUUGACAUUGUAUUAACUCAGGUCCGCAUUAUACAGCUGGAUAGAAGGUAGGCCACUUUGCUGGAUCUAAGCCGGGCUGAGUGUGCUCAGUGUCGUCUGGUUGGAAGACUUCCUAGAAAACCCUGGGAAUUAUCCAAUGAAGCAGUUCCACAAUGCAGUGCCCUCUCCACCCACCAUGUGCCCCCUAAAUCUGUUCUGGGGGCUCUUUUCAAGCUCCAGAGCAUUUCAGUGAGAGGAGGUGUAUAGGGAGAUGAGAGCAAGGGCAAGUUCUGUUGCUGAAGCAGAGAUCCUUGCCCCAGCAGAACUACUUCGUUGGAGACCACCCACCAUGGCUCUGUGAUGGAAGGAAGGUGGGCUAUAGUUGUAAUAAAAUAAAGGCAAAGGAAGGGUUACAAUCUUACAUGCACAAAUCUACAUCCUGCCUGUGCCCAUCUUUUUUAAAAAAGAAAAAGGAGGGGGAAUGGUCAUUGCUCGUAUUGCCAAAUCUGUCCCCUUGACAUUCUUCAAGGAGUGCAAUGCUUGAAACUGAUAACCCAGUUUUUCGUUUUCAGAAGUUAAUGAUCCAGAUGAACUCAAAGUACAAGACAGAAGAAAUCGAAGAGGAAGAUAAUGCAAUGGAGGCUGAUGUAUCGGAUGAAGAAAUGGCCAGAAGGUAACCAUUACCAUUUAUGACACAGAUGACAUUACCAAGAAGAUGUGUUGCUGCCUUUUCUCCUUACAAAGUGGAAACCUCCCAAACAACCACAUGCUUGACAUACAAAGCACUUCUUCUUGUUUGUGGUGCUGUUGUUUCUUAAACAGAGUAUUUUAUAGUGGAAGUGAGAUGAUUUGAUGAGUUGUUGGUUUUGGUUUGCUUGUUUUAAAAAUAACCUGCUUUCUCCAGGCACUCUAGCUGGAAGUCAGCUACAUCAAUAGUAACUUAUUGCAAGUUAUAGCAAUCCAUUUCGGGGGGCGGGGGCUUGGCUCCAAGGGAAUAAUAUAUAACCAUUCAUAGAAAAAUGUUUGUUGAAAUCCAUUUGUAUGUUCGCUUUUAAAACUUGCAGAGGAAUACCAAUAAAUCAACACCCCAGCUUCUAUAGUAAACACCAAUUUAUUUAUUUUUUAAAGUGGUACACCUGCAGUAGAAGAUGCUUCAGGUGAGGGUUGGUUGGAAGCUCAUUCCAUUCCGGCUGUGCAGUGAGUUGGCUAACAUUGAUUGAAGGCUUUGUUACACCCAAAUCAAACUACUGGGCCGUCUGACUCACUGCUGCCUUUUAUUAUUAUGUAUUAAAUUUAUUAGUCACUCUUUUUUCUUUGGCAGAUCAAAGUGACUUACAAUAUUUUAUGCAAAAAAAGGGAAUACAUACAUUAAAACCACCAAAAAAAACCACCCCAAAGCCUACAUUAAAAUAGCCCACCCAUGCAAUAAUUGGGCCAUCAGUAGUUAAAAGUCAAAGGCUAUAUAAAUGAAUGGUUUUUGCCUGGUGCCUAAAGAUAGGUAAUGAUGGUGCCGGACAAGCCUUUUCAUGGAGAGCAUUCCAUAAGUGGGGAGCCACCACUGAUAUGGCCUGUUCUCAUGUUGCCACCCUCCAGACCUCCUGUGGAGGACCUCAGAUGGCGAUCGUCAUCUACAAUAUCCUGUCCCAACCGGGUACUUUGGACUCCAGCUUUCAUCCCCUUGACCAUUGGCUGUACUGGCUGAUGGGAGUUGGAGCCUAACAACAUCCGCAAGGUGCCACUUUUGCUGCUACUGCUUUCAAAGACCUUAAGGCAAGGAGAGGGGACUGGUGGCCCUGCAGGUUUUGUUGAACUCCAGCUCCCAUCAGCCCCCCAGCGAAGCAUGGACAAUGAGGAGGGAUGAGAGGAGAUGGAAGAGCCACAGUCUUGUUCUCAAAUGGUAAAGUAAUUUCCUUAACUUAUUGUGUGUUUUUUCUAGGUACGAAACUUUAGUGGGAACUAUUGGGAAGAAAUUCUUAAAGAAGAGGAACCGGCACAUGGUGGAAGACAUAGAAGAGGAUGAAAACAGCAACACAAGGCCUACCAAAGCAAAGAAAAUGUUUUUGAAACCUCAAGAUUAAAUCACUUGGAUGCUUUCUGUGCCCUUUAGACUGGGGAAAUCUUAUUUUGGACCAUGGUAAUACGAGUUAUUUUUAUAAAUCCCUGGAUCUCUUUGUGUCUCUGGGACUGAUGCAUUAUUUUAUUUUUAUUUUUUGGAGCUGGCAGCUACAUAAAUGAACAUUUUACAUGCUCUUGAUCUCUGUACAGUUUUUAGCAUAGGCAUUUAAGAGCACAAGCACUGACUGAGCACUGCAUGAAGAGACAGGUUGUCACACGUGGCUGAGGACAGCUUUAGAUUAUGAAUCUUAACUGCAUGCAGUGUGUGUCAAAGCCAGGUGAGUUGCAACCCUGUUAUAAGACACUGAUUAUAUAUAUAUAUAUAUAUAUAUAUAUUUAUAUAUAUACAUAUAUUCUUUAUACAUAUUGCUAGGGUAACAGAGAGUUGUUGAGAAAGUAUAUUUCUUUUUUAAAAAAAUUAAUUUAUGUAAUUGAUUUAUGUCCUUGAAAAAUAUUUUUAUUGGUGUAUUUUUAAUUUUCUAGGGCAGUUUUAAGGUGCUCGCCCCAAUACUUUUGCCUGUUUAAAACUGUGACCCGUAAAAGAGAGAAGGGAGGGAAGGCAGAGUCACCUGUUCUUGUAGCUUCACAUCUCAAUAAAUUUAUUUGGGCUAAUGUUUGAUUUUGUUUAAUUACAUUUAUCAACAUUUUCACCAGAAAAAAUAAUAGCAAAAAACAAAUAGAAGUAUGUCUUCUAUUGACUGUUAAGGAGUUUGGGGCAAUUACUAAAUUUAAUUUGUACAUGAAGACUAUGGAUUGAAUUCCUUCCAGUGGCCUUGUGCUCAUGGAAAAGGGUUGGAUCCAACGCAGGAUGUAAUUGGACAGUUAAUUGAAACAAGGCCCCAGACUCAAUUAUACAAAAAGUAAGUAGCUCAAUGCCUGGAGUAUUUUGUGCUUAUGAUACACUGAUGAAAACCUUGGUCUCAAAAAUACCUUAUUAGCUAUUCAAGGCGGAUCACAUGUGUAAAGAUAAAGGCUUUUUUCUAACUUGAGAAGGGGGUCUUAUUACUGUCAGAAAAAUCUGAUGUGUUAGCUUCUUUAACUUUCCAGAGCUAAUUAAAUGCUGCUGGGUCAAUUACUCAAAAUCUGGCCACAAAGCAUCACCGAUCAGGAGUAAAAGUUAAUGAUUGUACAGCGUUUCCCUUCCCUUUCCCAAUUUUUGAAAAAAAUGUGUUUUCAGCUAGGAAAUGAUUUAUUGACUAUCAUUUGAGGAGAACAACUCUGAACAUGCCCCACUUUGCCGUUCUUACUCAUUAAUGAAUAAAUUUGCUCUGUAAAACGCACCAGACCACAAGAGUUUUUGGAGGAGGAAAACAAGAAAAAAAAUAUUCUCAAUCUCAGAAGCCAGAACAACAAGAGGGAU